GUCCAUUCAAUGAAAUACUGCCUCCAUCGAAAGCUACAAAACGUCAGACAUCGAUGAUAGUUCAAGAACAACAACCACCGACGCCAACUGAUUGGUAUGCAUCUCCAUCGCCUCAACAACAACAACAACAACAACAGAGUACAUUUAAUAUUGGUACAAACCAGCAUCAAUUUCUUCAACAACAUUCACAACAACAACGUAUGUUUUCUCAAAGCGUGAAUGAUUUUACCUGUACAAAUGUGAUUAAUGCACCACAAUCGGGUGGCAUGAUGUCAAAUCCGACAGAAAAUGUUGUGGCAGAGAGAAUAACUUCAAUAUUAUCGCAUGAAAAUCAGCAACAGAAGAAUACAAAUUUAAUUUUAAAUAAAAAUCAGUUAAAUCAACAAAUUAUAAAUGCAAAUAAUAAAAAACGAACAUGGUUGAAUGAUACAACCUUUUUGGGCACCUCGACAGCGUUAUCCGAUCAAACAUUUUCAUUAGAAGAUUUACUUGAACGAGAUUCUAAAGAUAAAUCAAGAUCAACAUCUCAAUCAGACUGGAUGGUAGCCGAAAUUCAAGCUCAUUGUCGUUCGAAUCAACAACAAUCACAAUAUCCGUCAAUAAAAACUCCGUCUCAAUCAUCAUCGAACUCAAAUUCAUCUUCAUCUGUUCCGCAACAACAACAGCAGCAGCAGCAGCAGCAACAACAACAGCAGCAGCAGCAGCAGCAACAACAACAGCAGCAACAACAACAGCAGCAGCAGCAGCAACCACAAGUAUUAACCUUAGCUCAUGCGGUUCAUUUACUUCGUCAAGCUAUUACACAUCCGACAUAUCAAUCUUCUCCUCCCCCACAAUUACCCGGCCUUUGUUUACCAGAUAAUAAUGAAUGUUUGGAUUCUGAGAAUAUUUUGGAUCAGUUUGAAAAAUAUUCUAAAUGGUUAAAACAACGUCGAGAAAUUAUAACAUUAAGAAUAAAAGCAGAUGAAACAAAUUUGGCUGAUAUUAAGAAAAAACGAAAUAUUCUAACGAAAAAACAUAGGCAGUCCAUGUUAACAGAUGAAGAAGAACAAGAAAUGCCUCGUUUAGCUCAACAACAAACAGAAUUUUCUCGUGCAUUAACAGCAAUGCGAAAAGAGCGAAAACAAUUUGAUGAAUUAGAACAAGCAUUUAGCAUUUAUAAACAAAAUCGAUUUAAACCAUUAUUUGGUAGUAAUAGCAAUAAAUCCUCACUAAAUGAAUCAACAGAUACGAAUACUGUUGUCAAAUUAGUGUCCAUUGAUCAUCAAAUGAAUAAUCCAGGUUCAGUAUUUAUUAAACAAGAACAAUCACAAUCACAACAGCAACCAUCAUAUCAACAAUCUCAAUUAAUGUCUCAAUCUCGAUUUUUGAAUGAAUCAAAUGAACAAGAAAAAAAUUUAACCGUACAACAAUUUUUUUCAAAUGAGGAAUCCGAUGAUUAUGACGACAUGAAUCAUUCACCGCACAAUAAUUUAACACGUUACGGUACUGUUAAUAGAGAACAAAAAAGUUUAGGUUCAUUUCCUAUUUUACGUGGUACUGGUUCAACAUCCUAUUUUUCGUCAACAACAAUUGCUCCACCACCUACAGACAAAAAACCAACUCAAUCACGAAAGAAAAAGUCACCAUUAUCUCAAACUUUAUUCAAAAGUCCAAAUAAUCAACAACAAUCAUCAAUCGAUCAUUUAUUGAGUAGUAGCGGUGAUGAUUUCAAAUCUUGUGCAAUACCAUCACCAUCAAUUUUAAAUGAUUUUCAACCGUGUCUCUCUCCUUCGCCUUUACCAAAUAUAGAUGAACAACAAUCAUUAACUUCAUCAAUAGAAGAAACACCAACAGCUCACACACCAUUAACACAAUCAAUGUCAUCGACAAUAAAUGAUUUUUUUAAUGUUCCAAGUGAAAAACAAUUAACAUAUAAUCUAAAUGAGGAGAAUAAUCUUGAUGAUGAAGAAGAUGAUGAGGAGGAUGAAUCCUAUGAACAACAAGAAUUACAGAAUACUAAUAAUGACAAUAAUAACGAUAAUAAUAAUAACGUUAAUCUUCAACAAGAAUUGAGAGAAAAUCUACUAGAGCAUUCAUAG